AUGAGUCAACAGAAAGUGUACGGCGUGACAGGGCCGAUAUCCAAGGAGGGCCCCACAGCCGCUGAGAACAAGUUGAACGAUGAGUUGAUCCAGGAAUUGAAGAAGGAAGGGACCUUUGAGUCGGAGGAGGAAACGGCGAAGCGGAUCAAGGUGUUGGAGGAGUUGCAGGCGUUGGCGCAGGAGUUUGUGUUCAAGGUCUCGCGCAAGCGGAACAUGUCCGAGGGGAUGGCGCGCGACGCGGGGGGCAAGAUAUUCACGUUCGGGUCGUACCGGCUCGGCGUGCACGGGCCAGGAUCUGACAUAGACACCUUGGUGGUGGUGCCCAAGCACGUAACGCGCGACGAUUUUUUCACUGUUUUUGAUGAGCUCCUCCGCGCGCGGCCAGAGCUAGACGAGAUCGCGCCGGUACCGGAGGCGUUUGUGCCGAUCAUCAAGAUCAAAUACAGCGGCAUCUCCAUCGAUUUGAUAUGCGCCCGCCUUGAUAUCCCCCAGGUGCCGCUGAACCUAACGCUCAGCGAUAAGAACUUGUUGAGGAACUUGGACGAGAAGGACUUGCGGGCGUUGAACGGGACACGGGUGACGGACGAGAUAUUGGAACUCGUCCCCAAGCCCACUGCAUUCAAGAUUGCGUUGAGGGCUAUCAAGCUAUGGGCUCAGCGAAGGGCGGUUUACGCGAAUGUGUUUGGUUUUCCCGGCGGUGUUGCGUGGGCUAUGCUUGUCGCAAGAAUUUGUCAGUUAUAUCCCAAUGCAUGCAGUGCCGUUAUUGUUGCCAGGUUUUUCCAUAUAUUGACCAGAUGGAGCUGGCCGCAGCCUGUUCUUUUGAAACCCAUUGAAGACGGACCGCUACAAGUGCGUGUGUGGAACCCCAAGAUAUACGCGAACGAUAGACUACAUAAAAUGCCAGUUAUUACCCCGGCUUAUCCGUCGAUGUGCUCCACUCAUAAUAUAUGUGAAUCCACAAAGAAAGUAAUCUUGAACGAGUUGCAGAGAGGAGUCGAAGUUACAACUGAUAUCUUCACUAACAAGAAGACCUGGGGCGACCUCUUCCAGAAGCACGAUUUCUUUUACAAGUAUAAAUUUUACUUGACGGUCAUGGCUUCGACAAAAGGCUCUGACGAACAACAUCUAAAAUGGAGCGGUCUGGUAGAGAGUAAGCUUCGGUUGUUAGUCCUGAAAUUAGAAGUACUUUCGGGGAUCAACUUGGCUCAUCCAUACACGAAGCCAUUUGAAUCAACUUAUGCUUACAAAACAGAGGAGCAGUAUAAGGAGAUAUUUGACAAUUAUGGAACACACAAAACAGAAGACGUCUUAAAAAAAUAUACAGAAGUAACGAAUGAAAACAAAGAUGAUGAAAGCCUUAAAGGCAUGGAAAAAGUGCAUAUUACCACGAUGUACAUCGGCUUAAAUAUAGCCGUUGAUGAGAAAAAGAAAAUUGACAUUCAUGUGCCCUGCCAGGAAUUCUUUAACCUGUGUCGCUCGUUCCAAGAAUACGAGGACACCGAGACUUUCUCCUUAGUGAUUAAAUACGUGAAGUUGUACGAUCUACCCGACCACGUCUACGACGAAGGAGAACAGCGUCCCGUUAAGGCAAGUAAAAAGAGGAAAAACGAAAAGGCCGGAAAGAAGGCUAAGAGACCGAAGUCUAGUUCCGUCCUGGCCGCAGACGCCGAAGACAGUACCAUGGCAGAUGGUUCCACAGUUUCCGAGGAGCCGCAGCCUCCUCUUUCAAAUACUACCGCGCCUUCCACAAACACAGGCGCAGAACUAUCCGUUGCUGCAGGAGGUGCUUCUACCUGA